CCGAGCGAAAAGAGUGUUUGAUGUGGGAACUACAAUAUCACGGCAAAACUAUCAAGAUGAACCCGGCCAUAUUCGGCAGUCCGCCAUACACUCCGCCACUGACGGCCAAUUUUCAGUCAUUCGCCGCCUCUAACGCUUUCGGUCUCCCCAUUGGGACAUUGGCCAAUGCAGCCAGAUGUAGCGCCGAUUUUGACAUCCUAGCAGCGGCCGCGGCCACAUCAGCUCUGUAUUCCCCGGGGCCCAUGUGUCCCUACCAGAGUAUGCUGAGCCCUAACUAUGUACCGUCGGAACCUUGUCGACAGGCGCUGAUGAUGGCAUCCCAAGCGGCCGGUCUUACCGGAGCAACCGAGUAUUCAGCGGAGGAGAAUAAGCCAAUAAAACAACGCAGAAAUCGCGCUAACUAUAGCGCAUGGCAACUAGAAGAGCUAGAGAAAGCCUUCCAAACUACACACUAUCCGGACAUAUUCAUGAGGGAAGCAUUAGCGUUGAAGUUGGACCUGAUUGAAGCACGUGUACAGGUGUGGUUUCAAAAUAGGAGAGCAAAAGAACGAAGACAAAUGAAAAUACAGGGAAAAGAUGUCACAUCAAAGACAGGACCAUCAAAAAUUCCCAGGCCCUUAAAAGAAGCCUGCAGCGAAAAAACGACAACCCCAAAAGAAUUUCCAUGGCCGGGAUCCAGAAGCGACGGCGAGAAGCCACACUUAGCGCCCCCAUUUGUCGAUAUUUUGAAAGCAUCUGACAAUUGCAGUAAAUUGGAGGAAAGAAUUAACCCGCUAACAAUAGAAUCCGAUGAUCGACGAAACUCAAGUAUUGCCACUUUGAGGCAAAAAGCGAAACUGUAUAUGUCUGAGUUAGAGACACACAAUAACCGUGACGUCAUAGGGUCAUUCAGUGUGGAGAAUUUGAGUAAAGAAAUAACGAACGUUGCCGAAAAUAAAGACGACAGGAACAGAACAUCGCCGAUUGUCGUAGUCUGCUGA